AAACAUAAACACGAAAGCAUCUAGCAGUCUUCAACAUUAUAUGAGCAAUAUGGCACUCCCAAAGCUUAAGCUCAUCUUCACCCUUUUCUUCCUUCAAGCCUUCCUCACAUCCCCCACAUCAAUCCAAGCAGCCCCAGCAAACUCAGAUAUCUUCAGAGAAUACAUAGGAGCUGAAUUCAACAAUGUCAAGUUUUCUGAUGUCCCCAUUAACCCAAAUGUUGAAUUCCACUUCAUUCUCUCAUUUGCCAUAGAUUAUGACCCCUCAGGCUCCUCUCCUACCAAUGGAAAAUUCAAUGUCUUCUGGGACUCUGAUAAUCUUAGCCCUUCCCAAGUUUCCUCCAUCAAAAGCCAGCAUUCAAAUGUCAAAGUGGCCUUGAGCCUAGGAGGAGACAGUGUGAAUAGUGGCUCUGCUUACUUCAAGCCUUCCUCAAUUGACUCAUGGGUUUCCAAUGCUGUUUCUUCUCUCACAAGCAUCAUCCAGCAGUACAAUUUGGAUGGAAUUGACAUUGAUUACGAGCACUUCAGCGCAGAUCCCGAUACCUUUUCAGAGUGCAUUGGGAGGCUUAUAACAACCCUCAAGAACAAUGGAGUGAUCUCAUUUGCUUCCAUUGCUCCCUUUGAUGAUGACCAAGUUCAGAGCCACUACUUGGCCUUGUGGAAGAGCUAUGGCCACUUGAUAGACUAUGUGAAUUUCCAGUUUUAUGCAUACGAUCAGGGAACCACAGUGUCUCAGUUCAUCAAUUACUUCAAGACACAAAGCUCCAAUUACAAUGGUGGGAAGGUCUUGGCAAGCUUUAGCACUGAUGGGAGUGGUGGACUGUCCCCUGAGAAUGGUUUUUUCACUGCCUGUCACAGGCUCAAGAGUGAGCAACAACUUCAUGGUAUCUUUGUUUGGUCUGCAGAUGAUUCCAAGAAAAUCGGUUUCCGCUAUGAAAAGCAAUCACAGGCUCUCUUAGCAACCCCCCGCUAGUACUAUAUUAUCUUAUAUAUUUAGCUUCUAUAUGAAUAUGAUUAAGAAGUAGGCUCUGGAAUUGGAUUCCUGGGUAUUGUAAUGCUUGUUGUACUUCUAUGUACCUGGAGUUAUAUACAUAUUUCAGAUUGUGUUGUUUGAGUAUAUUUUCUUGUUUCACAUGCUAGCUACUCUAGCACUGGCCUCUAUACAUAAUUCAACUUUCUUCUUUCAUAUA